AGUAUUUUCGCGACGGUGUGGCUCAUCUUCGCCUGAGUCCAUCUUGGAUUUUUUUUCCCAUAUUGCAUUGCGGCUUUUUUCUACUUCCUCUUUCCGCCAUAUUGCAGAACCGGCAUCAUGGUGCGCAUGAACGUUCUCGCAGAUGCUCUGAAAUGCAUCAACAAUGCAGAGAAGCGUGGGAAACGCCAGGUCCUCAUCAGGCCCUGCUCCAAGGUUAUUGUGCGCUUCCUCACCGUCAUGAUGAAGCACGGUUACAUUGGCGAGUUUGAGAUCAUUGACGAUCACCGAGCAGGCAAAAUUGUCGUCAAUCUCACUGGCAGGCUGAACAAGUGUGGUGUGAUCAGUCCUCGUUUUGAUCUCCAACUCAAGGACCUUGAGAAGUGGCAGAACAACCUGCUGCCCUCUAGACAGUUUGGAUACAUUGUGCUGACCACCUCGGCUGGCAUCAUGGACCAUGAAGAGGCCAGACGGAAACACACAGGAGGCAAAAUCCUUGGAUUCUUUUUCUAAAAUGUAAAGAACUGCAAAUAAAAAACAACCAAGAGGAA